AUGGCGGGCAUAGGGCGAGGAUGGAGAGUGGCGGGAAAUACAUGCUUCGAUGUCACAAGUAACCUAACGUCGAGAGUGCUGGCGAGAGCAGACUCUUGGACUGGGAAUGUCAAUUCACGGCAAAACCUCGCUGGAAUUUCACACAGAUUUCAGUCAACAAAGGGUGGUCAUUUGAUCACAAGUGGUUAUAACCAGACGGUCAUGUACUGGCAGACACUUCCAAUCCUCGGCUCAGUAUGCUCGUAUCACCAAGACUGGAAGCCAUACUUGAUGCAAUUUCACUUGAUGAAACACCGAGCGCGUGAUGGUUUCAACCCUUACAAGAGGAAACUGAAGCUGAAGAUUUGA